AUGAGCUCCGUGGACCAUGAGGCGACGCCGGUGGAGAGCAGAGGGGCUGGCGACGGCCGGAGGACGGGGACAGAAACCUGCUGCGAGCUUCUGUGUGCCAUCCUGCUUCCUCCCCUCGGUGUUUUCGUGAGGUAUGGGUGCGGAUUCGAGUUCUGGAUCUGCCUGCUGCUAACCUUCCUAGGUUACAUUCCUGGAGUUAUCUACGCGGCCUGUGUGUUGCUGUGAUGUGGAAACAUAGCUUGAAGUCUCAGCUGUACUGCUUCUAAAAACUGUAUCAUCAAACGUCCAGUGGUUGUGUCUCAAGCAAUAUGCCUGCUCAAGAGAUCCGCAAACAGUUCCCGCUCCAAUGACGUCGGUGCUCUUCAUUGUUUUGCUGCCAUUCUUCGAUA